CCAAUGUUUCGACAAUCGACAUUUCUUCUGCAAAUUCUCUCUGGAGAUUCUCCGAUUGAGAGGAGGGAGGAAGAUGGCGGUGAGACAGAAAGCGGUUUCGACGCUGCCGACGUUGAUGCGAGCUAUGCGGAAGGAGUUACCGAAGCAUAACAACACGCAUCAAAUCCAACCAUUGCCGUCACUGAGACGAGCUUUUUCUCUCUACGACCAAAUCAACCUCAUCGAUAACGUUCCUGAAGAUCAGCUCCGCUUCCAACAGUUCACUGAUACUGGAUUCAAAGUUAAUGGGGUGCAUUACGACGGUAGUUUGCUUUGUGUUGGAAACUUGUUAAUGUCUUGGACUCCCAAGAAGUUUUCCCAAGUUACUCCCGAGAGCUUAUCCAUCUUCCAAACCGUGCGCCCUGUGCCAGAAAUCCUCAUUCUUGGUUGUGGGAGGCACAUUCAACUAGUAAAUCCCGAGGUUCGACGGUUCAUUCGUUCCACUGGAAUGAAAUUAGAGACAGUGGACUCGAGAAAUGCAGCAUCUACUUACAACAUUCUAAAUGAAGAAGGCAGGAUCGUUGCUACUGCACUACUCCCAUUUGGAGUCGAAUCUUAACCUCCUGUUUGUAUAUGCUUUUCCUUUAUCUUUUCCCUGGGCUGGGGUUUUGAGCACUCACUCUAGUAGGAAGUUUCUCCAAGUAGGUUUUGAGUUUUACAGCGGGAAAUCAUAUGGCUAUGCUUGUCACAUCUUUGGUAAAGGAUUUUCUAAUCCAGUGUUGAAUAAGAAACUUUUGCAAUGAUGCCAUCCUUUCAUUGGUUAAAUACACUUGAAACCAUUUUUUAUGAACAAGAGUUGUACUUUUUACUGCUGUGUUAACUGUUAUGUGUUAAUUAACAUAUUCUUGCUAGUA